AUGGCGCAGGCGUCGAACGCAGAUGAAACGGAGACGGCGGAACUCGCGUUCCAUGGCGUCGAGUACGUCGUAUCCGUCUCCAGCUUCAACGGAGAUAUGCUCUCCAUCGAGGUCGAGCAGAAGCAGGAAGGACUCCGCUGGCGCGGCGACUUCACCAGCCGCUACAUCGAGGACAUCACCACCAAGACCGGCAACUUCAAGAAGUUCGGCGUCUUCCACAAGAUGCUCGUCGCCGCGGUGGUGGAGGAGAGCGAGAGCGUGUUCAUCGACCUCUUGACCUACGCGGACCUCGAGGCGCUGAAGAACAAGCGACAGGGCGGCGCCGCGCCCGCCAGGACGACCAGCGCGAAGCAAAACAACAAGAGGUACCUCAUCCUCACGUACGCCGCGGAGUACGACCGCGUGCACUACCCGCUGCCCCUCCUCUUCGAGGAUCAACCGAGCGUGGAGUCCCUCAACGCGACGGUGGCGAGGCUCAAGCGGGAGAACGCGCGAUUGGCCGCGACCGCGGGCGUGGGUAAGGGCGAUUCGAGCGAGAUUGGCGCCGAAAACGCGAGGCUCCGCGACGAGAACGAGCAGCUGCGACGGACGGUGAGGCAGCUGAGGCGGGACCUGUCCAAGGCGGAGAAGUCGGCGUCGGCGGGCGGCGUGGGUGCGGUGGAGCUGUCCGCGGUGCGUGGAUCCACCGACGGCGCGUUCGCGUCCUCGGCGUCCGGCGAGCAGGUGGACCACCUCCAAGCCGAGCUCAAGGCUGUGAACAAGGAGUUGCGCGUGGUGCGACGGGAACGGGACGACCUCUCCCGCCAGCUCCAGCAGAAGGAGACGGAGCUCGCCAACGUGGAGGCGUCCAAGAAGAGGAUGUUGCGAAGCAAACAGCGCGAGCUGGACCAGGCCGUGGAGGAUGCCGGCAGGCGGCGGGAGACGGAGAGGGAGCUGAGGAUCAAGGUGAAGGACCUCACCACCCAGUGCGACGGCCUGGAGCGCAGGCUUAGGAGCGGCGGGUACGGCGGCUCGUUCGCGGCGUCGGGCUCGAGGUCCACGUCCCGCGCGGCUUCGCCCGCGCGAACCCUCGGCUCCGGCACCCCCAGGGCUUCUUACGGUCUCCGAUCCGGCGCCGCCUCCCCAGCCCGCUCGGGAACCCCGUCGAGGGACUACGCCAGGCCGUGGACCCCCGGCGGGGUGGCCCGCGCCCGGUCCCAAUCCCCCGCCCCUUCGCACGGGUUCAGGACGCCCACGCGCGCCAGGUCCCCAUCGCCGGGACCGGACGCGCGAGGCAGGUCCCCCGGUCCCGCGCGUUCGGGCGCGGCUUCGCCGAGGUUCGAUCCAACCGCGUACGUGAGGGAGAAGCGCGAGAGGGACGCGGCGAGGUUCAGAAACAGCGCCAGGGGUAUCGCCCAGGGGCUGGCGUCCCCGAACAGGAUGAGGCCGUCGGGUACCGCGGGAGGCGGCGGGUACUACACGCCCGGGGGUGGGAACUCGAGGGGCGCGUCGCCGGCGCGAAGGGGCGGAGCGAGGGACGGGAGCGGGGCGGCGUCACCCGCGCCGGUUCACCGCGGGAACUGGAGGAAGAACGCGGAGAGGACGAGCGCCGUCGCGUCGUCGCCCGGAAGGAUCUUGCGGGACGUCAAGAACAAGCUCGCGGACAUCGCGGCCAAGGAGAACUCGGAUGCGAGGCCGGCGAAGGCUGAGGUCAAGCCGCCGAUGGCAAAGCACGGGGACGCGUCGGCGGAGAUUGCCGACAUCGACACCAGGCUCGCGGCGCUGCAGAGCUUUUUGAAGGAGGCCAAGGCGACGGCGACGGCUUGA